GCGCCGGCGCAGACGUCGCCGUGAUAUUUUCCGCGCAAAGUUUGACAGUUUGUGUAUUUACUCUGUGCGUAUUUAAACACGAUAUACGGACUCUGAUUGAUUUUUUUGAUCUAAGCCGAGAAAGAUUUUCAAAAUGACUUUUAUAAAGUCGCUGUUGUUUGCCGGACUCCUUGCGGCUGUGGUGAGCACCAGCACGGCGCGGAAACACUACAAGCGAGAUGCACCUCUGAGUUCUUCGUACCUACCACCGUCAAGCGGUGGCGGCAGACCGUCCUCUUCAUACGGCGCCCCUCGGCCUUCGAGCAGCUACGGGUCACCCAAGCCAUCUUCAAGCUACGGACCUCCGAAGCCAUCAUCAAGUUAUGGGCCACCGAGACCUUCGUCUAGCUACGGCGCACCAUCAUCGAGCUACGGCGCCCCAGCACCAAAGCCAUCUUCUAGUUACGGAGCCCCAUCGUCGAGCUACGGAGCUCCGGCACCCAAACCGUCAUCUAGUUACGGAGCCCCAUCGUCCAGUUACGGUGCUCCCGCGCCCAAACCGUCGUCUAGCUACGGUCCCCCAUCGUCGAGCUACGGAGCUCCGGCACCUAAACCGUCAUCCAGUUACGGACCGCCGUCGUCAAGCUAUGGUGCUCCCGCGCCUAAACCAUCAUCUAGUUACGGGGCUCCUUCGUCGAGUUAUGGAGCACCUGCAUCAAAACCAUCUUCCAGUUAUGGUGCCCCGUCUUCUAGUUAUGGUGCACCAGCUCCAUCCAGCUCAUACGGCGCUCCAUCGUCAAGUUAUGGAGCUCCUUCGUCAUCCUCACAUGGCGGUUCAGCUCCAUCGAGCUCAUACGGUGCUCCCUCAUCCGGUUCCCAGGGUUUCUCUGUGCCAUCCAGCUCAUAUGGUGCUCCUUCAUCUAGUUACGGAGCCCCAUCAUCGAGUUCACAUUCAGUACCGUCGAGCUCCUAUGGAGCGCCGUCUUCUAGUUACGGACCACCAUCGUCGGGAUCUCACGGCAGUUCAGCUCCAUCCAGUUCGUACGGUGCACCGUCUUCUAGUUACGGAGCCCCGUCUUCAGGGUCUCACGGUGGAUCUGCCCUAUCGAGUUCGUACAGUCCUCCUUCUACCAGUUACGGCACCCCCGCAAAACCUCCGGCGACUAGCUAUGGUGUACCCACCGGACCGUCGACAAGCUACGGUGCGCCGAAGCCUUCAAGUUCUUACGGCACACCAUCUAGCUCAUAUGGCACUCCCUCUAUUGGUCACGGCGGCGGCGGCUUCAGCAGCAGCGGUGGCAGUGCCUUCGGAAGUAGCGGCUUCGGCGGCAGUAGUUUCGGCGGCAGUGGCCCAUCCUCCGGCUACGGCGCCCCAUCCGUUUCGGCACCUUCUUCAAGUUAUGGUCCACCUUCUACUUCCUACGGUACUCCAUCGAACAGCUAUAGUACUUCUAGCUCCGGACACUCUUCUGGAGGUCACGGCUCCGGCGGGUACUCCACUGGUGGGUCGGGAGGAUUUUCCGCCGGUGGAUCUAGUUCCGGUGGUCACUCCUCUAGCGGGCACGGAUCCGGAGGCUACUCAUACAGCGGUGCUGGCGGAUACUCGUCGGACGGGGCUGGGAGCUAUUCUUCCAGUGGCGCAGGAAGCUUCUCAUCGGGUGGAUCGGGCGGUUACUCAACGUCCGGCGCGGGAAGCUACUCGGCGAGCGGCGCGGGCGGCUACACUUCCGGCGGAGCUAGCGGGGCCGGCGGCUACGCUUCAGCAGGCUCCGGCGGGUACUCGUCGGGAGGGUCCUCGACCGGCGGCGGGUACAGUAGUGGCGGGGCGGGCCACGGGGGCGCUUCCGGCGGCGGUUACUCCAGCGGCGUGCCGGCCACCAUCAACCAAAGCUACGAUUCAAACGGCGGUUACGUGUAUUAAGGAAACAUUUAGGUAUUUUUAAACUAUAAAUGGAACAGUCAAUUAUUUAUCAUGUAAUGUUACCGUGCUUGUGGACAUAGAUUGCCAUUUAAAGCAAAAAAACAAUACUAAGGCUCAUUGGAGGCAGGCAGAUUAAAAGCAAUAUUAAAGCAGCAAAUGUGUAAGAGUACAACAUUGUAAACAAGUAUUAUCAUUAUUCGACAUAGACAUGUUGUGUACACGCAGUGCGGCGGCCAUGCGUAUGUGUGUGUAUCUACUCUGUCAGCCUCCCCUCGCCCUUCACCC